CGUUUACUGCCGGCUAAUAAAGAAAAAGAUAACAAUUCAAAUGAAAUGGAAACCCAAGAAAAUAAAGAAACAGAUGUUAAAGCCUUAUUUGGCACAUUACGUGACUCGUUGGACAAGGAUAUCACAUUUCAAAGCAAAAAACUGAUAUACAUCGGUCACAGAAUAAUUAAUAAUCCACUUGAUGCUAUACUAAAAGAAGCAGGAAAAAAGCAUAAAGAAAUCAUCCAAAUAUUCAAAGCCGUUGGUGUUCAUUUGAGCGGUGUAAAUUAUUUUAGUGGGAUCCAGGAAUAUACGGAAGCGAUGGCAUUUCUUCGAUAUUUGGAGCAUGGAGAUGUAAUAAAAAAAGAAGAGAUUGAAGCAAAUUUUUUGGAUGAAUCUGGUAAUAAGUUUUUACAAAUAACUGACUUGGACUACAUUCUUGGAAUUGCUGAUCUAACCGGCGAGCUGAUGCGAUACGCGAUAAAUUCAGUCGUUAAAGGUGAUCUUACACGACCACUAGAGAUUUGUCAUUUUCUAAGGAAACUGAAGGCUCCUGGUAUUUUGGAAUUUUUUCAAAAAGAAUUUGAAUUACUAAAUGCAAAACCGAAUUCUUCUAUCGGUAAAAAAAUGGAAGAGAUGAAAUCGAACUUGCAAAAAGUUGAGCAUGUUUGUUACGCGUUGAAUAUUCAUGGGUCAGAGUAUCCUAAAGAUUUUUACGAGUUUAUUGUGAGUGAACGUUCGCAGAAUAGCGAAUAUUGA